CUAUAAGUGUCCAUCAUGGAUAUAGCUAGGGUUGUCGCGCCCCAGUCACACUAUAGAUUAGCCCAAGAACGAGAAUUCUACAAAUAUGUCCCUUGUCAUCACUCCACUUCGCAUUACGCUCCUUUCGACCCUGCCACGUCGCGAGAUUCGGCCCUGACCUCUUUCGCGCAACUCGGCGCCAUCCGUUUAGGGACCGAGCGAGCCUUGAUCUCUUUGUUUGAUCGCACCCACCAGCACGUUAUCGCAGAGGCGACGCCGUCGCUGGAUCUACUCGGUGGCGGAUUCCAAGAUGAAAAGGGCAUCUGCCACCACGUCGAGCGCCUACAAUCUGGGGAAACCGCGGAACAAGAUGAAUUUCUAGGGCAAGACGCCUGCAACGAGCAAGUCAGCGCCAAGGACUUGAUUGAACCCUUGGCUGACAUGCGCUUCUUUGCGGCGGUGCCAAUUAUCAGCCCGCGUGGCUUGACCAUAGGGGCUUACUGUGUGCUCGACAGAGAGCCGCGGACGACGAGCCUCGACCGGAAUGAGUUGAAGUUUAUGAAGGAUAUAGCUGCAACUGGGCACGCCGCCUCAAGAAACCGAUUGGGCAGCUUCGUCGAAGGCCGAGCUACCCUUCGUGAUUCAUGGCACGAGGCAAACGCACAGUAUUCCGCGUCAGAGCAGACAGGGGAAGCCGAAGAGGGCCAGUUGAACAUUCAGCAGCAGCAUCUACAGCGGUCUGCAGAGCAGAAAGUCGACAAAGGCCUCGCGUUCUACUCGGAGCCCAAGGGGAGUAACAAGGUUCAGGGAGGCGAUAAAGACACCGAGGCUAAUUUACACGACAAUACCCUCGCCAACAGUGUCAAGCUCGUCUUCUCUCGCGCGGCCAAUCUCAUUAGAGAAUCCAUUGGCGCAGAAGGGCGUUUCGGGCAUCUUGUCAGACAUAACAGUCGCAAAGUUUCCGGUCCGACACCCAACGAUCCUAACUCCAGCGAGGACAGUACCGAUUCAGCAGGGUCGACGACGCGGAGCGUCUCGGAUGGCGAAUCAGAAAGUACCCUUGUAUCUCACGUGUCGAGCAUCAAUGAAGCUACUAGCACUGGCCAAGCUGUUGCUGUGCCAGAGCCCCUGUUCAGUUCACUCAUUCGACGAUAUCCUCGUGGGAAAAUCUUCUCCUAUAACGCCGAUGGCUCUGUUUCAGAAGACAGUGACAGCCCGGGGGAUCACGGCGAGCCUGACACCCCAACCGCUAAGCACCGUACAUUGAGCAAGCGACGCCGCAGACCGAUCUUCCAGCAGGAUGCUGACAGCUUGAUCAAGAUCUUCGCUGGGGCAAGAAAUAUCCUCCUGCUUCCUAUCUGGGACUCCGACAAAUCUCGGUGGUAUGCCGGGACGAUCGUCUGGACCAACAAUCCGGAACAUGUCUUUACCCCUGAUAACGAGUUGGUCUACAUCUCUGCGUUCGCGAAUAGUAUCAUGGCCGAGAUUCGCCGAGUCGACGUGGAAUUGGCGGAGAGGGCCAAAACGAACCUUGUCAGCAGCAUCACCCAUGAGCUUCGCAAUCCAUUGCAUGGAAUCCUAGGCACGGCAGAUAUCCUGAGCGAUACAGCUAUGAAUGCUCUCCAGCACGGCAUGGUUCACACGAUCGAGUCGUGCGGCCGCACCCUGCUAGAUACCAUCAACAACUUGCUGGAUCUUACCUUCAUCGACAAGUACAAGAAGAAAGUUCUACGCAGAAAGAAGCGAGGGAGUAGCCAGAGGACCUCAUCAGCGAACUCUGGCGACUCGCCCCAGCUGCAAAGCAAACGCCGAGGUGAGAAUUUCUCAUCCACGCAUGUUGAGCUAGACGCAGUGCUCGAGGAAGUCGCGGAGUGUGUCUUUGCUGGGUAUAGUUUCUAUACCAAUCCCCAGGCAUCGCCACCAGCCAUGACCGAUUCGUCUUCACGCUGGGCUGACCCAGUAAAAGAUCAUGAGCCGGUUGGCCCUCGUUCAAGUCAAGUUACCAUUAUCUUCGACAUCCAACCCGGGACAGAAUGGAGCUUUCAUACACACGGCGGCGCCUGGCGACGAAUUCUAAUGAAUGUUUUUGGAAACGCGCUCAAGUACACUCCUUCAGGGUAUAUUUAUCUUGGAUUGAGCUCGGUACAGCGUCACAGCAAGUCUACUAAAGACGGACAUGAGCAGCAGGACAACCAGUGCGAGGUUACUUUGACUGUGAAGGACACCGGAAAAGGAAUUUCAUCAAAGUACCUCCAGGACGGCUUGUUUACUGCGUUCUCGCAAGAAGACCCACUUGCGCCUGGAAGCGGACUUGGCUUAAGCAUUGUGAGACAAGCCGUUGGAUUCCUCGGUGGUUCCAUCGAAGUUGAAUCUACGCAGGGGGUGGGUACUACGCUCUCGAUAUGCACGCCACUCACACUCUCCACGGAUGCGUCGGGCACCGCGUCAUCGAGCUCUAUGUUCCGGUCUUUGCGGAGACACACCCAAGAUAAGAGGAUCGGUUUCCUAGGAUUUGGUGCCUUCCUCCAAUCCCAACGCGACAUCUCUUUAUAUUCGUCUCUGGAGCGCUUAUGUCGCGACUGGUUUGGCCUCACUGCUUCAAACGUAUCCCCGGUGCAGGGUGAGCAUCAGGAAUAUGAUUUCUACCUGGCCGUCCAGACAGAGCUCGACUCUGAAGAUCCGCAGGGUAGAGACUUGUUCGGUCUGAGUCAGCGGCUUGUCACCAAGGACGGCCGCUGCGCUCCCGUUGUAGUCAUUUGCCAGUGUCCUGAGGAAGCUCACCGGAUGUUCGUCGCCGCGAAGAACAGAAACGAGACGUUCUACUUUGAGUUCAUCAGCCAACCUUGUGGUCCGCGGAAACUGGCCCGGGCGUUGGAUAUUUGUAUCAGACGGCAGGCAGAGGAGCAUUCUGGUCGUCCCACUCCUGACGAGCCGACUCAUUGGCGACCCCCUAAGGAUCGAAUGAGGAUCAGCAAACGGCCGACGGUUGAUACAAUGGGUAGUCCAGAGGAGGGUGGUCGAUCUGUGUCGUAUGCCAGAAGCAAACCACAAAGCCCUGAGGAGGUCAUCCAUCCAGUGUCACCCAAGGAGGUAGAUGGCGUGUCAGAGCCUUCUAUGCUAUCCGUUCUGCUAGUGGAUGACAAUGACCUCAACCUUCAGCUCCUGUGUGCUUACGCAAAGAAGGAUAACUACGAUUACCUGACGGCUCGAAAUGGGGCAGAGGCGGUGGAGACAUACAAAGCCCAUCCUGGCCGGUUCCGGGUUGUGGUCAUCGACAUCUCAAUGCCCGUCAUGAAUGGCUUCGAGGCGGCACGUCAAAUCCGUCGCUUGGAGAAGGAGCAUAAGGAUCGAAUGGCCCAAGCUGGACGGGAAGCACCUCCACCGACUUAUAUCGCUGCACUGACUGGACUUGGCAGUACCGAAGCGCAGAAGGAAGCCUAUGGUUCUGGUAUCGAUACGUUUUUGAUUAAACCGCUGAGACGGCCGCAGUUACAGUCCAUCUUACAGCAGAUGAAAGAGUAGAUAGACCUGUACUUUAGCAUACUUAUACUUCACGUGGGAUCAUCCUCUGAUGCAAGCAGUCAAAACCAGGAGAUGUUCCUAAGUUAUAUGAGUGCAGGAGACCUGGCUUCAAAGUUCUGCAGCCCUGGCCUUUUGAAUAGCAUCCUAGCAGUGACAAGUGUAAGAACGUCUUUCUGUACGUACCCUUAUUUAA